UUAAUCACUAUAUUAAAAACAUGCAAAAAUCUAUAAUUUAUUUUGGUUUUUUCCUCGUUUUGCUGGAGUGUUCACAGGCGGCAUUUAACUGCUCGCAACCCCCGAACUUUAAUAAUUUCGACAUUAACACUUGCUGUCGCACUCCCGAAUUGGACAUGGGAGAUGUGCCCCAGAAGUGCCACAAAUAUGUGAGUGGCUUGAAGUCAGCAAACUCGAAAUACCCCAGUUUUGCUCACCUGUGCUAUCCUGAUUGCAUCUAUCGGGAAACGGGUGCUAUGGUCAAUGGACAUAUUAAAAUGGAGAGGGUUAAGCAAUAUCUAGAACAGCAUGUUCAUCGACGAGAUCAGGAUAUUGUUUCCCGUAUAGUCCACUCAUUUGAGUCCUGUCUGACCAACGUUAAGGGCCACAUGGACUCAAUGAACAUUGAGUCCUAUAAGGUCCUUCCCCAUGGCUGUUCACCUUUUGCCGGAAUAAUAUAUAGCUGUGUAAAUGCCGAGACUUUCCUCAAUUGCCCAUCGAAAAUGUGGAAAAACGAGAGACCCUGUAACUUGGCCAAGGAAUUCGCUGAACAAUGUAAUCCCCUGCCCCAUGUACCACUGCCCAGCAGCUGAUGCUCUAUAUAGAUUCCAUCUUUGUAA